AUGAUCGAGCUGGUCGUCCUCGCGCUGCAAGUCGGCGGCGUCGAUGCGCGGAGAGCGUUCGCCGGUUUCGAGCCUACAGGCAUCGACGACAACGCCCAACUCGACCAGCGAGACGCUCGCCGACCUUUCACGUUGCCUGCCGACUUUGAGCCAAAUCAACACCGAAAGCCAUUCACUGCGCCGCCACUCAUCACCGGCCGGCCGGUCAUUGAAAAUGAAAUUCCGGUCGAGAGACCAGUGAUUCAAGAAACUACUUUGACUACGUCUGUACUGUCGCAACGAUGA